UUCACACACACAACCUCGAUAACUCUCGACCUCUACCAACUCCAAAUCAAUGACUAUAUAAUCUUCCUUCACCUCCUUCCUCUUCUCAUCCAUAACCUGCAAAACACACACAUCAAUAUCUCUCUGCAAACAACACUCAAUUUUCCAAAUACUCUGUUUCAAAAGCUUGUGAAGUCAUCAACCAUGGCGACAAAAGAAGGCAAAGCAAUCGGCAUAGACCUCGGCACAACCUACAGCUGCGUCGGCGUCUGGCAAAACGACCGCGUCGAGAUCAUCCCCAACGACCAAGGCAACCGCACAACCCCAUCCUACGUCGCCUUCACCGACACCGAGCGACUCAUCGGCGACGCCGCGAAGAAUCAAGUAGCCAUGAACCCACAGAACACCGUCUUCGACGCGAAGCGUCUCAUCGGCCGCAGAUUCUCCGACCCAUCUGUCCAAAACGACAUGAAGCUCUGGCCAUUCAAGGUCGUUUCAGGCCCCGCUGAAAAGCCCAUGAUCGUCGUCAACUAUAAAGGCGAGGAGAAAACGUUCGCAGCUGAAGAAAUCUCCUCCAUGGUGUUAGUGAAAAUGCGUGAGGUAGCAGAAGCGUUUCUGGGUCAUGCUGUGAAGAACGCUGUUGUUACUGUUCCUGCUUACUUCAACGAUUCUCAGAGACAAGCUACAAAAGAUGCAGGGGCGAUUUCAGGGUUGAAUGUUCUGCGAAUCAUCAAUGAACCCACUGCUGCUGCGAUUGCGUAUGGUUUGGACAAGAAAGCUUCGAGGAAAGGUGAGCAGAAUGUGCUGAUUUUUGAUCUGGGUGGUGGAACUUUUGAUGUGUCUCUGUUGACGAUUGAGGAGGGGAUUUUCGAGGUGAAGGCCACUGCAGGGGAUACUCAUCUCGGUGGUGAAGAUUUUGAUAACAGGAUGGUGAAUCAUUUUGUGUCUGAGUUCAAGAGGAAGAACAAGAAGGAUAUCAGUGGAAAUGCCAGAGCGUUGAGGAGGUUGAGGACUGCAUGUGAGAGAGCGAAGAGGACUCUGUCUUCCACUGCACAGACAACGAUUGAGAUUGAUUCGUUGUAUGAAGGGAUUGAUUUCUAUGCGACAAUUACCAGGGCGAGAUUUGAGGAGUUGAACAUGGAUUUGUUCAGGAAGUGUAUGGAGCCGGUGGAGAAGUGUCUAAGGGAUGCGAAGGUUGAUAAGAGCAGUGUUCAUGAGGUUGUUCUGGUUGGUGGGUCGACCAGGAUUCCGAAGGUUCAGCAGCUUUUGCAGGAUUUCUUCAAUGGGAAGGAGCUUUGCAAGAGUAUUAACCCCGAUGAAGCUGUGGCCUACGGUGCGGCGGUGCAGGCGGCGAUUUUGAGCGGUGAAGGGGAUGAGAAGGUGCAGGAUUUGUUGUUGCUUGAUGUGACUCCUCUGAGUCUUGGGUUGGAAACUGCUGGUGGGGUGAUGACAGUUCUAAUUCCGAGGAACACGACGAUUCCGACGAAGAAGGAACAGAUUUUCUCUACCUACUCUGAUAAUCAACCAGGGGUUUUGAUUCAGGUGUAUGAAGGGGAGAGAGCAAGAACAAAGGAUAACAAUCUUCUUGGGAAGUUUGAGCUUGCUGGGAUUCCACCAGCUCCGAGAGGAGUACCUCAGAUCAAUGUGUGUUUCGACAUUGAUGCGAAUGGUAUUCUGAAUGUUUCUGCAGAGGAUAAAACUGCUGGUGUGAAGAACAAGAUUACGAUUACCAAUGAUAAGGGGAGGUUGAGCAAGGAAGAGAUUGAGAAGAUGGUGCAGGAUGCGGAGAAGUAUAAGGCAGAGGAUGAGGAGGUGAAGAAGAAGGUGGAUGCGAAGAACGCGCUGGAAAACUACGCUUACAACAUGAGGAACACGAUUAAGGAUGAGAAGAUUGGAGGGAAGUUGAGUCCUGAUGAUAAGGAGAAGAUUGAGAAGGCUGUGGAGGGGGCUAUAGAGUGGUUGGAGGGGAAUCAGCUGGCUGAGGUGGAUGAGUUUGAGGAUAAGCAGAAGGAGUUGGAGGGGAUUUGUAAUCCCAUCAUUGCUAAGAUGUAUCAGGGUGGUGAUGUGCCUAUGGGUGGUGCUGAUGAUGACAUGGGUGGUGGUGCUGGUGCUGGGUCAGGUUCUGGAGCUGGACCUAAGAUUGAGGAGGUGGACUAAAGUGUGUGAAUGUGUUUAAAAACUUUUGUGUAUGGUGUGAAACUGUGAAUGUCUUUGUUAUGGCUAUAGAGUACUAGUCUUUUGGGAGUUUUUAAGUGAUCUAGGACUGUUGAACAAUCAGAAUGUAAGUUUUGUAAUGUUAUGUUUUCUUGAAUCAAAUAAAGUUUACCAUGUUUCUUAGCUUUC